AUGGGCGUCCAGUCGUCGGGCAAGUCGACGCUGCUCAACUGCAUGUUUGGCGUCCGCCUCCGAACGAGCGUCGCUCGGGUGCACGCGCGGCGUCAACUCCCAGCUUAUCGCUUGCGACAACGGCGGCGCCACGUCGGUGUCGAAGGCACGGUGUGGCGUGACAACCGCAUGACGUAUGUAGCUAUCUUGCCCGCCGAUGCGACCAUCAUCUUGACCAAAGGCGAGUCAACCAACAUGAUUAAAGACGUGCUCCCGAUCGUGCUCUCGGCCUUUGCCAACUCGAAGCUGGCAGCCACCUCUGGCGGUCAUCUCUCGUCCAAGCUCUACUUUGCGUUCAACCAGAUUGACGUGACGCAGACGAGCACCAUGGGCAUGCGUCUUCGAGCGCUUCUCGGCAGUCUGCGCAGCAGCGCCAAGCAGAUCGCUGCCGUGCGGCAGUCGCAGUCGGCAACAUCGACGAUGUUCCUUCGCGACUUUCACACCGUCAUCACGGACGAUGCGCGCUGCGACGUUCGCAUUCUGGGUCUGACGCAAGGCCAGACGACGCCACCUAACGAUGUGCCGCUGCCCGAUUUUGGCGACCGUCUUCAAGCGCGGACCAUCGGCGAGCUCGGCGAGAGCUCGGACUUAGUCUGGAUGUGUCUUCAGAGCGCCAACUUUGAACUGGACUUUGCGUCGCCACGUGAACGCGUCGUGUACGACCAGCUGAUCCAAGCCAUGGCAGGGCACACGCAAGAGCUCGCCAAGAUCUACAGUGAGGCGUUUGACGCGGUGCUGCAAACGAUGAGUGCCAACAAUGCAGCUGAAAAUGCGCCGGAAGCCAGCCGGAGCCGAAAGUAUGAGAUUCUCCUCCAGCAUCACGUGGAGAGUGCGGUCGCCACGCUGGACGCUGUCGUGGCAACGACGCUGGACCAAAACGAGUUUGCCAAGUGGGCCACCGCGAUGCACGAUACGUGGGCGGACAAGAAGCAGCGCCAAGCGUCGCACUCAGUGCGCCUUGUGCAGUCCAAAGUCCAGCUUGAGGUUGACGCGAUCACCACGGUCUACAAGGAGGAAAUUCAAACGGACAUUGUCGAAUACAUCACCAAGUGCGGCCCCGUGAAGACAAUGACGGCUUCUGACAGGUGGACGACGUAA